AUGCGGUCAGAGACAGUUUCCUGCUACUUCUCCAAGGCGACACCGAGUUUAACACGCUCAAUUAUCAAGGGUCUUUGGUCUGAUCGCGACAAACAGAGCGCAGUGUUUACUCUUCCCCCUAAAGUAUCCGCGUCAUCCUUCACAACAGCUCCUGAAAAGUCCCAUAGCAACGCGCAUGCCAAGUGUAAGGAAAAACGUCACGUGAUAUACGUCAGAAUCCCCAAAACCGGAAGCAGCACGAUGACCUAUCUCAUUUGGCGAUUUGGAAAUUCCAGAGGUCUCAGGUUUUUGCUUCCAAGGCCAGGUUUUCAAGACACCCAACACAAACUCACGUUCAGAAGGUUUUACUUACCAAAUGCGAACAAAUAUUGCGAUUUGAUGGCCAAUCACGUGAUCUAUGGUUACGCAAAUUUCAAACGAUAUUUUCCUGCUGAUGUUGUCUUCGUUUCUCUGUUACGAGAACCAAUGGACCAGUUAUAUUCAACCAUCUAUUACCUGAACUAUAACAUUCCUGGAGAAAACAAAGUAAAAAAUUAUUUACUCGACCCUGUAAAAUAUGAACCCAAAUCUGGUUAUCGAUUCUUCACCCAUAACCCAAUGAUGUCAUAUUUUGGCUUAGCUCCGAGUUAUUUUCGAAAUGUUGAUAAAAUCCGUCAAAAAAUCGCAGAAGUUGAUGACAGAUUUGCAAUGGUGUUGAUUUUGGAGAAAUUUGACGAGUCGCUGGUGUUACUCAAACGUAAACUCUGCUGGACGACAAAUGAUAUUUUAUAUAUGGUCCAAAAUGAGAACAGAAAAAAGCCAGUUGUAAAUAUUACUGCACAGGACAAAGAGAACCUAAAAAACUGGUCAAUGGCGGACUACACUUUGUAUGAACACUUUCUUAGUAAACUUCAACGAUCCAUUGAAACCGAAGGGGAAGACUUUCAACAGGAACUCUCAUUGUUCCGUGCUAUUCAACGACAAUUCGUGGAAUUUUGCCGAAGUCCAAACUCUAACCAGACGCUGAGAAUUGCGUCUAGUAAAUUUUCUGCGAAAUUUAAAGUUCCAUACAGGGAUUGUCAGUGGAUGGCAACACGUGGACGGCACGUGCUACAGGACAUUCGACGUCAACAAAGUCUGACCAAUUUUUGUAAUUAUGAAUAA